CCCAGGAGCAAGAAUGUUCUUCUGUGACUUGCGUGAGGUCGUGAAACCACGGAUGUGGACUGUAUGGACAGCACCUGUCUUGUUAUUUUUGGUUGUCACAGGUGUAAACAUCUCUCCCUGUGAUGACAACGGUGUGAGAGAAGUCCUAGCUGACCAAGUCACUGUCUUCACUUGCACGGCUGAGGGACAAGUCGAGUGGAGAUUUGGGUACAACUAUUCCAGUCGUUUCGUUUCGUUAGCGACAUGCGAAAGUACUUGCGAAGAGCUAAAUGAUUUCAACAAUCUGUUUAAAGCCAGUAUAGUAAAAGCUCGCCAUUCAAGUUCUAUGACCAUUAGAGCUGUAAAACAUCGGAACAUUGUCCAUUUGACAAACGGCAGUCUUCUGUGUUAUCGUAUGGCUGGAGCAGGGCAAGGGGCAUCAGCUCGCUGUGGACUCCACUAUGUGUAUCCACCCGAGGACGUGUCAUGCACGGCCGUUACUACGUCCUGGACCGUGACUGUGUCCUGCCACGUCGGACGUGUCUACUCUUCACGUGGACUUUACACGUGUCAGCUUUACCGGCUAAACCAGGCAUCACAAAUCAAAAGCUUGGAAACAGUCACAAUGCUGACCUCACCAACCAGCGAGUACAUAGGAGAGAAAGAAGUGAAGGUUUCAGGUUUUUGUCAGUUCAACACCACACUCCCAAGGGAAGAAGGACAGUAUGCCUUUCAUGUCUCUGUUUCACCAGGUGGACGGACGUACUAUGCAAACUUUACAGAUAAAUACAACUGGAUUACAACUGAACGCCCUUCUUUGCCCAGUGUGUCGUGUGGUCCACAACAAUACGUGUUAGAGACUACAAGCGCCACCUGUACCUGUAAAACCUCUUCUGUGGGCCAACCUGCAGGCUACUUGAUAUGGAUCAUAGGUGACCAGACAGACCUGGAGACAGCAGCCUCUGAAGGCCAACAAAAUUUCACAUCACACGAACUACAUUAUACGCAUUUCUUCACUCAAGCAGACCAUGGCAGAACCUGGUUCAGAUGUGACGUGGUCUGGGGACUGGAGAAGAUACAUGGAGAAAACUACAUUGUCAAUAUAGGAUACGCUCCCAGAGUAGCUGAGUUUUUGCUCAACGGCUACAAACAAAAUCAAACAGUAAAUGAGGGACAACAAGUAAACAUUUUGUGUAAAUCUGACGGUCGGCCCACACCACACAUCUCCAUCUAUAACAACGACAACAACACCGUCAUCAUUAGAGAUUUGUCUCCUGUCAACUACACCUUCAUCGCUCGCUGUGAGGACACGGCCACCUACACGUGCUCCGCGUGGAACGAGUUUUCACGUCAGUCAGGCGUGACCUCCUCGGUCAGUCUUGACCUCAACGUCCGGUGCAAGCCUCGAAGUCACUCGUCUACACGACUUGGGUUUGACAUGAUGAACCACCAAACGGAAAUGAACUUUGACAUAAUCGCUUACCCUGUACCACACGAGUACCACGUGUGGUUUGUCAAAUCACCAAUAAACAACAGUGAAGAUGCCCACAAUGAAGGUAAAGACACCAUGGUAAAUAUCACCUGUCAGUCUGUAUUUCGCCGUUACCUGUCCACAUGCUCUCUGAGAGUCGUCAACAUCAAUUCCUUGACAACCGGGUCCUACAAGGUACAGGUCAUUAACGAGGCUGGUGACGAGAACUUCACUGUCACAAUAGACUUCAAUGUCCCGAAAGACCUGGAAUCAUAUUACCCUGCAUUUACUAGUGUGUGUGUCGUCGUUUUUAUCUUCACGAUUGCUGCUAUCGUUGUCUUACUUAAGAAAAGGAAGCGAAGCAAAGGUAAGUAAUAGAUAACCUCUUCUAAUUAAAAGAAAGUGGUAUCGAAUGAUUUACUCGGAUAAAUGUAAAUGUCAUGCUAUUCUUUAUGUAUUACCAUAGCUUUUUAUUGUCCUCAUAGUUCGAUUUUAUAGACCAUCCCAAACCGAACUCUCUUAUCCCACUUUACAACAUUCUAAUACAGCUUUCCUGGGUGAUGUCUACUUAACAUUAUGUUCGUCAACUAUAUCCGAUAAGAUUUUAUAAGACAUUUUUGUUAUGGCCCUAUUAUUUCGCACGAUCUGCCAAGCUUUAUUGGUAGUCUGCACUAAACCGAGAAGAGAGUAAUAAUAAAAAGUGAUGGUGAUCGCUUUAAAUGUCCGGAACAUAGACUUCAGUCAAUCAGGCGUGUAAAGACUCCAUACAGUCGUGUUGGGGGUUCAAACUUCUUGCUGGUGAUAGAAGAAUGGAAGCAACAUUCACGUAUACAGAGCAACAUUUGCUAUGAUGCCCAAGGGAAGUUCUUGUCCGUCAGAACCUCUGUGACAUACUAGCUUCCCAGACCUACUCCUUACAAUAAUACUGAGGAUUCACAUCUUCAAAGCAGCGAUAGCUUCCGAAGCUUCAUAGCCGGAGUCCUGUCAGACGCCCCUGUGUGCUGUAGUGGACAAGACAAAAAAAGAAAGGAAACCCUCGUCCCUCCAUAACGAUGACUAACGUGCUCAUGCAGGUAAGAGUAAAUUUAGUUUUGUGUGUUAUCGUGCUGGCAAAGACAAAGGAUAUAAGAUAAGUAUAUCUUAAGACAUGUUGUCUGAGCGUCGUUUCCUUCUUUACUUUAAUGAAUACGAAAGUGAAUGAUUUGUAACGAGAAUUCUACAAAAAACAACGCUUUGUUGCAUUUUUUUACUUCUGAUACUUGCCAUUGCAUAGCAUUGGUGGACAUUCCAUGUGUGGAGUGCACACCCUCAGAGUAGUUUAUGUAUUUUUGAAAGAUUUAUAUAGCGUUAACUAUCUCCCUGUUAGUUUUGUGACUAUGUAGCAUCAUGUGUGGUGAUGCACAAACAAUCGAGUGUAUCAUUCUUUAGUACUUUGUUGAGCAGCUUUAAACUGAUUUCUCUGCGUGCAGGUCAAAGGAAAGAGAACAGUUUAGUAAGUUCACGCAUGAGUGCGUGUGAAAAUGGAUAAUACAUAAAUAAAUCUCUGAGUAUAUCCUAGCAUCUGGGUCGAAUAAAAAAAAUAUCCCUUUGACAGAUACAGAAAGUUAAUGUGAGGAAAAAUUCGCACACGGUAAUUUUUAUUUUUUUUUUAUUUAUUUAUUUUUUUUUAUAACAGAAUAGCCAUCAUUUGGGCGAGUGUCCGAAUACUGCGUUCAGCACCACAUGAAGAUGCUAAAAGUGGAUGUAAGCAGUCCAGUCUGACCUUUCCAUACUCUUGAUGAGGGCAGAUGGUUCAGCUCCCAUCUUUGAGUGACAGUGAUAUCGCCCACCGCCGAUGCACGUGAAGACAAUACUGCACGACUUGCCUGAUGGGGAAAAACAUUUGUGAACAUGCAUUUGUGUGUGUGUGUGUGUGUUCGUGCGUGUCAUAGCGCCAUUAACUAAUACGAGUACAGUGCACAAGAGAUUUGCUGAGUGUCAUUAAACAGUAACAAAAUUGCUCAUGAGGUACUUCUUCAGUGAAAUGAUUUAUUCAUGGAAAUCACUAGUAUAUGAGAUUUAUGUGCAGAUCAAGUUUUGAAAAAAAAAGUUUCUUAUUUAGUCAUUCAUCAUAAUUGCUCUUAUGCAUUUUAGCAAAUUUUCAGUCGGACCCACAUGACAGACAUUAUUUUGGAGCAUGUCAGUCAGUGUGGAAGUGUGAGCUGUGACAUUUUAGAAUACUUGACUGCUACAGAACAGGCACUGAAUGUUAAAGCUUUCGAUCCAGUUCAUCAUAAAACCUCUUUAAAAGGGUUUAACCCGCCUUUAAUCGGCUUUUCAUUUGUCAAGUCAGGCUCGAAAAUAGUGAACAUAUGAACAUGUACAACGAAUUUAAAACGGUGCUAAAGUCACACUUUGGAUGAAUCUUCACUUCAGUCAGGCUCUUCCUUAAGAUCACUUAAAGAUGAUGAGUUG